AAUUCUGAGGGGUAUAAAUAAGAUCACCGGUCAGUUAAACCUUCACUGCAAAACUAUUCACUGACCCAGUUAGUUGAAGAUCUCCUUGUGGUAUAUUUGUUUGGAAAACCUCUUAGUGAUUGAAAUGUCUCAGAGUCCAGCCUCAGCCCGCCGUCUGUCGGCUGAUAAAGACUGUGUGGUGAAACCGAACGACAUCAUCAACAGCAGCACCACUUGUUACCUCGUCCAGGACUUUGUUGGCAAAGGAUGCUUCGGCAAAGUUGCCAAGUCCGUGAACUUGUUCACAGCAAAGGACGUAGCUCUCAAGAUCGUAACAUCUGAGGACAGCAGAGCCUCAAAAAGAGAGCUCAAAAUGCUCCAGGCUAUCCGUGGUCUUGACCCAGUCAAGACAAAUGUCGUUGACUUCUUUGAGACGUUUGAGCACAGAGGUCUGACCUGUCUGGCUUUUGAGAAGCUGGACAGAGACCUGUUCCAGCUUUUGAUGGACAGACAUGCGAAGCCUCUGUCGCUCAAUGAGAUAAGACCAAUUGCACAUCAGCUGCUGACAGCUUUUCAUGCUCUCAAAGGAAUUGGUGUCAUUCAUGCUGACCUGAAGUUGGAUAACAUCAUGCUGGUGAACCAUCAGAACCAGCCCUUCAGAGUUAAGCUCAUUGAUUUUGGUCUGUCACUUCACACCAGUGAAGUGAGGCCGGGUCUGGUGGCACAGGCUAUCGGGUACAGAGCACCCGAAGUCAUCCUAGGCCUCCCCUUCACAGAGGCAAUAGACAUGUGGAGUCUGGGUUGUGUCCUUGUGGUGCUGUACCUCUCCUGUCACCUGUUUGGGUCACGCUGUGAGUACCAGCAGAUGAGGAACAUCGUUGAUGUCAUCGGUCAGCCAGCUGACCACCUCCUCGAUGCUGGCAGCUUCACCCACAAGUUCUUCAAUCUGAACUGGCAUAAUGACAACCCAAAGUGGUGGCUUAAGACUCCAAUGGAGUACAAACUGACCACUGGCAUUGAGCCCAAAGAAUGUGAGAGGGCUCUCAAUCAUCUGGAUGAGAUUGUAACAAUCUUUCCAGACAUGAUGGAGUUAAUGGAGCUAGAGGAUCAGAUAGCUUUCCUGAGCCUCCUAAAGUGUCUCCUUCAGACUGACCAUGAGCAGAGGAUCAGUCCUGACAAGGCCCUGAAGCACCCCUUCAUCUCAAUGGUGCACCUACAGGAGGAGCUGGACAUCAGCAUGUAUGUUGAAGAUUCAUUUGAGAAAAUGAACCUCAGCCAGACGGAUGACUCCAAUGAGGAGCUGACAUUUCACAUUGUAGUUGAAGAAGAGCUGAAAACUGGAGAAACUCCGGCCUGUCUUCAAGCAGAUGCUGCAGGAUCAGCCUCCCCUGGCUCCUGUGACGACACGUCUGAUGUUGCAACAGCUAAAGGAGGCGCUAAAGAUGCCUCAGCUGAGGACCAAUCAGCUGCAGCACAGGCGAACAAUGAGGAGGACAAGGAGGAGCUGAGGUCGCCCACUGAUGGGUCCACAGUUAAAGAGGAGACUGCUGAGGUGAAGAAGAGCUCACUGAGAAGAAUCAGGAAGUUCUUCAGCCGGGCCUUUAGGACUGUGUUUAGGAUAAAAAAGAAAACCUAGACACAACACCUCGGACAGCCACUGCUUCUUCUCAUAUUCAAAAUCAUUGAAAUACAGCUCUUACAGAUCGAGCUGAGGUCAAUAAACAACAAAAUGACUUGAA